AAGGACAAAUCAAUCUUAUGAACUGAUGUGGUAGUGGUUUGAGCACCUUCGCAAACAUCCUCUCUCUAGAAAAAAGACUUGGGACGUAUCAAUUGUAUCGGUGUAAGAAUUUUGUGUUUACUUCUUAGCUCAAACCACAACCACAUCAUGAACAUAGCUGGUACAUUGUAAGUCCCACCAACACAAAUUUGUCAUGGACUACACAACAUCAUCUGAUUCUUACAGAUACUUCUCUUACACAAAUUAAACUCAUUCUUGCUUAUAAGUAUCUGGUUUAUAGCGUAUCUUCUUGAAAUUGUAAGACAACGAUGGAAACAGAAGUGGCUACAGCUAGAAGGCCUCAUGUUCUUGUCGUCCCGUACCCUGCACAAGGCCACAUUAAUCCUGCACUAGAGUUUGCUAAGUAUCUAGCCUCAAAGGGUGUUCGAAUUACGUUUAUCACGACUAAAGCUGUGACCAAGUCUGCGAAAUCUUCGCUUUGCGGCUUACUUACCAUAGUCGAUGUUUCGGAUGGUUCAGAAGACGUGAAGGAUCCUGAGAGCAUAGAAGGCUACUUCAAGCGCUUCAAGGCCGUGUUUUCAAAGAACUUGGCAAGAUUCAUCGAUGAACAGAGGGAUGCUGCUCAAGUUAUUGUGUAUGAUUCUACCAUGCCAUGGGUUCUGGACAUAGCCCAUGAGCGAGGCUUACGUGGAGCGUCGUUUUUCACUCAGUCUUGUGCUGUCUCUGCUGUCUUCUACCAUUUGAAGCAAGAGACACUAAGAUUUCCUUAUGAAGAUUCUGUAGUAUCGUUGCCUUCGCUGCCUGCUCUUGGGACGAAAGAUUUGCCUUCUUUUCUUGAGUUUACGGAUCCUAAGCAAACUAUUCCAACAGUUAUGGCUGAUCAGUUCUCGAAUCUUGAGAAAGUGGAUUGGAUCUUUCUCAACACAUUCGACAAGCUGGAAAAUCAGGUAGUCGAGUGGAUGGCAAGUCGAUAUCCGAUCAAGACAGUUGGACCGACGUUUUCGUUAUUGCAGAUGGACAAGAAACUUUCCAACAGCAAGAAUCAUACAAUCAACUUGCUUGAGCCCGCCUGCACAGAAUGGCUAGACUCAAGGGAAACCGGCUCUGUUGUUUACGUAUCUUUUGGAAGCAUAGCAUCUCUGGGGAAAAAACAAAUGGAGGAAGUAGCAUGGGGACUAAUGACGAGCAACUGCUACUUUCUGUGGGUAGUAAGACCUUUGGAAGUGGAUAAGCUCCCCGAUGAUUUCACUUCAUUGGCCUCAGAAAAAGGCCUAAUUGUCGGCUGGUGCAAGCAACCGGAAGUCCUGGCUCAUCGUGCCAUUGCAUGUUUCCUAACUCAUUGUGGGUGGAAUUCCACGCUUGAAGCAUUGAGCUGUGGGGUGCCGCUUAUAGCCAUGCCUCAGUGGGUAGACCAGCAGAUGAAUUCCAAAUUUAUUGAGGACGUUUGGGGAGUUGGGGUGAGAGUUAAACGUGGUGAAGACGGGAUUGUUGGUAGAGAAGAAAUUGCAAUGUGCAUAAAAGAGGUUACUGAAGAGGAUAGAGGAAUGGAACUCAAGAGAAAUGCAUGUAUGUGGAAGGAUUUGGUCAAUGAAGCAGUGGAAAAAGGUGGUACUUCUGCUAACAACAUUGAGGAUUUUGUUUCAAAACUUAUGUGCAUUUCUGGAUAAUAUGGGAUGAAGAAACAGGAAGAGAUUUUGAUCAUCAGAGGGGCCGUAUUUUUUCGUUCUCUCAACUAUUCUUUGCUACUCUCAUUUUUAGGGGGAAAUAAAGGGGGUAAGAUGUAUGUCUGCGUAGAAAAUACUUAUAGUGAUGGUCUUUUAAGUGUAUUUUCAUAAUUUUGGUUCUUAAGUUUUAAGUUUUGUAGUUUAUUCCAUCAUGCAUCUCCGACAACACUACCUUGACAAGAUAUAAGGGAUACAAUCUGUAGUUUGGAAAUCUUACUCGGGGAAUUGCUACACGAUUUUCACUAAAUUUAAUCAAGUACAUGUUUUACUACUGCUACAAAGAGGCCCACACACCAGCCGACUUCUUGGCAC